AUGACGGAAUCGAGAAGGAGGCCAUUUGACAUCGCCGGCAACACGGUGACUUUUUUACUGACCAAACAGGCGGAGCAUCUUGUGGACAGCCAUCGCAUCAAGGUCGUCGUCGUCGGAAGUGCGCCUAAAGGCGUCGCGGUCGCUAUAGCGAUUCUAUCCAAGCGUCUCGCCUCUGAGCUCGUCCUCAUAGACGCGAACGAGGACCUCGCCAAGGCGGAAGCAGAAGACAUCAGCCACGCGGCGGCGUACCUCGGCGAUCCGAGGAUUAUUGGCACCAAAGAUUACGCUUGCGCCAGAGACGCCGCGGUGUGUGUGAUCACCGUUGGAAGCCAGUCUCAUGAGGAUCAGCAGCCGAGCGAUUAUCUAGAUCACAAUCUGAAAAUUUUCAAGGACAUCAUCCCGAACGUCUGCAAAUACGCGCCGAACAGUGUUCUUUUGAUCCUCACGAAGCCAGUCAACAUCAUGUCGUACGUCGCUAUGAAACUGUCGGGAUUUCCGCCGAACCGCGUUAUCGGGAUAGGAACGUUCUUGGAUAGUUGCAGAUUUCAGUAUUUUAUCGCCCAGAAACUCGGGAUUUCGGCGAGCGCGGUUCAAGCGUUAAUCAUUGGAGAGAGCGGACCGGCUUCUGUACCAGUUUGGUCCGCCGUUGCAUGUAUGGGCAUGCCUUUGAAGGAAAUAAACAAGGAAAUCGGUACAAAAACGGAUCCGGAAUCUUGGGGAGAUUUACACACUAAAGUCAUCGAGACCGAUAAAGAGCUGGUCGCCAGAAAGGGUUAUCACAGUUGGGGAAUGGGCAUCUGUGCGAGCGAGAUAGUCGAUGCCAUCGUGCGCAACACUUGCGCCUGCUUUACCGUCUCGACGUUCUUGAAGGGCUGCCGACACGGACUAGAGAAAGAUAUCUUUAUGUCGUUACCGUGCGUAGUAGGCAGAAACGGAGUGCAAUCGUUCGUUCGUCUGUCGUAUACACCCAAGGAGCAAGAACUGAUGACGAUAUCUUGCCAAAGAAUAUAUGAGACGCAGAAAUCGAUUCUUGACGAGAUCGAGUGA